ACGGAGCGAGCGAGCGAGCAAGCAGGGGAGGCGGCGAGAGCCGGAGCGGCGGGCCGGGCGGCCGCGCCGGCGAGCGGACGAGCGGGCGGCCAGCAGCGUGCAGCGCGGAGCGCGCGGGGCACCGAGGAGCGGCAGCGGCGGGCGCAGCGCGCAGCGGCCCGAGCGGAGAGGCCCGAGCGGCGCCGCCCCCGCGGCCCCUGCGGGGCCCCGGCCGGGAGCCCGACGAGGGAGGGGGCGGCAUGGACCGGCGGCCUGGGGCGCGGGGGCGCUAGGCCCUCGGAGGGGCGCCCCCCGCCUCGCCGCCCUCCGCAGCCGCGCGCCGCGCCCGCUCCAGCCGCCCCCGGGGCCGCCGCCGGCCCAUGAGCCCCGACCUCAAAGUUUGCGGCGGGCGGGCGGGCGCGGAGCCUUCAAGAUGCCGUUCCACCCGGUGACGGCGGCGUUGAUGUACCGGGGCAUCUACACCGUCCCCAACCUGCUGUCGGAACAGCGCCCUGUGGACAUCCCCGAGGACGAGCUGGAAGAGAUCCGAGAGGCCUUCAAAGUCUUCGACCGCGAUGGCAAUGGUUUCAUCUCCAAGCAGGAGCUGGGCACGGCCAUGCGCUCCCUGGGCUACAUGCCCAACGAGGUGGAGCUGGAGGUCAUCAUCCAGAGGCUGGACAUGGACGGUGACGGCCAGGUGGACUUUGAGGAGUUUGUGACCCUCCUGGGACCCAAGCUUUCCACCUCGGGGAUCCCGGAGAAGUUCCACGGCACUGACUUUGACACCGUCUUCUGGAAGUGCGACAUGCAGAAGCUGACCGUGGACGAGCUGAAGCGACUGCUCUAUGACACCUUCUGUGAGCACCUGUCCAUGAAGGACAUCGAGAACAUCAUCAUGACGGAGGAGGAGAGCCACCUGGGCACGGCGGAGGAGUGCCCCGUGGACGUGGAGACCUGCUCCAACCAGCAGAUCCGCCAGACGUGCGUGCGGAAGAGCCUCAUCUGCGCCUUCGCCAUCGCCUUCAUCAUCAGCGUCAUGCUCAUCGCGGCCAACCAGGUGCUGCGCAGCGGCAUGAAAUAGGCGCCUGGUGCGCAGGGCCAGGGGCCGCUCCGCACCGCCCCGCCUGCGCCCGCCGCCCUGCCGCCCGCCCCCGCCGCUGCCCCUGGGCCGCCCCCCGCGUGUCCUUCAGGGCCUUGCAUGGGCCGUGGCCCCGCCGUGGAGGUCCCAGCCCCGCCUGCACCCUGCGUGACCCACCCUGGCCUGCUGUCCCAUAACACCAACUCUUCCUGCUGUCCGGGGCGGUGGGGGGCUCCGGGACGUUAACAGGAGGAAUCUGUGCAGGGCCCGGGAGCUGCCUCCCGGAGGCAGGAGGAGGCACUGUGUGCCCAGCCUGGUCCCUGAGGGGUGCCCGGGCCGUGCAGGGCUGUGCAGGGGGUAGGAGGUCUCCCCCUGGAGUGGGACGAGGCCGGGGUCUCCUGGGUGCUGGGCCCUGCAGGCCUGAGGAAGCCCGCCCUCUGCUGAGUUCCUCCCUGUGACCUUCCCUAGACUCAAACCAGCCUUCGUCCUCACACUAGAGAAUCAGCCCAUUUCAGAGAGGAGGAGUCUGAGGUCCAGAGGGCUCCCAGAGUUGGCCUCAGCUCCCCCCAUCAAUGGUGAUUUUCAGGAAGGGCAGAAGCUCACGAAAGAUGGAGCCUGGUAGCCACCCCACCUGUUGGGCGCCCCCACCAGAGGCCCAGUGACAGGGGGCCUCAUUGCCUGCCAGCACUCAGUACAGCAUCUCGACCUGGCGUGCAGGCUGGGCCGCGGAUGCCCUGGGUCGCCUGUGUGGUCUUCCCACCCAUCAGGGGGCUGGCUCCUCCAGGGUGGAAGCCCCCCUGAUGUUGGUGCUGGGACGCUCAGCCAGGCUGCUUGCCCCAGCCCAGGGCCCACCCUCUGGGGGUCUCACCCACUUCUCCACACCAUCCAGGCCGGAGACCGGCUCCGAGCCCCGCCCGAGCUGUGCCACCUCGUGCUUGGCAGGGGUGGAUGUGGGGGCCGGGACAGCAGACCCCGUCCUCAGCUCCCCUCCCCAGAUCCGGAGCCACGCCUGGUCUGGACCAGUCCUGCCCAGCCGCACUGAGCCUCCGCCG